GGGGCGCCGCCGCCGCGGGUGGGCGCGUGGGUGCCGGUGCUGGUGGAGCAGAUGGUGAACGACACGCUGGUGGUGACGCUGAGCUGCGGGGAGCGGCGCUUCACCGGCGUGCUGCUGGACUGCUCCAAGAGGUCUGGAUUGUUCUGUCUGCCAUCCUCCUUCCCGAAGCACGAGGACCCCCCCGCCGGCACCUGCGCUACGGAGCCGCCGAGGGCAGGGGAGCCGCCGAGGGCAGGGGUGGCGCUGCUGACGGCAGGGGUAGUGCUGCUGAAGGCAGGGGUGCCGCUGAGGGCGAUCCGGAGCCGCGGCCCGCCGGCCCCCUGCCCGCCGAGGGCAGCGCAGGAGCCGCUGCCGCCGCUGCUGCCCACACCGGGCAGCCUGCCGCCCUUCCCGCCCUACUUCGAGGGAGCCCCGUUCCCCCGGCCCCUGUGGCUGCGGCACACCUACAACCAGUGGGUCCCGCAGGCGCCGCCGCGGACUAUAAAGAGGACGAGGAGGCGUUUGUCGCGCAACAGGGACCCGGGCAGGCUCAUCAUGAGCACCAUCAGGCUGCGGCCCAGGCAGGUGCUCUGCGAGAAGUGCAAGAACACGCUGAACCCCGAGGAUGCCAACGCGCCGCGGCAGAACGCCAAGACCAGGAGGAAGCUGAGCAUUCAGGACAAGGAGCAGAAAAAGCACGGCGACUCUGACUACAUGGAGAAAAGGAACAAAAGAGAGAAGAGGGAGGAUGACAAGUUUUCUGGGGAACUGGUGCAUCGAACGCCAGUUAUAAAAAUAUCCUACAGUACUCCGCAAGGGAAAGGUGAAGUGGUAAAAAUCCCUUCCCGGGUUCAUGGCUCAGUCAAACCGUUCUGUCCGGAGCCAGUGUUGCAGAACGGAGCCGGGGACCAAGAGGAGAGCGGGGACUCUGAACGGUGUCGACAAACCAAAUGUUUAAUGGACAAGUCAGCAGGCAGCCAGCUUGCUUCCAUUCCAAAACUGAAGCUCACACGGCCAGUGCAUUCCAGCGUGGAUGUCCCACCGCCAAAGAUACGGCUGAAGCCCCAUCGCAUCAAUGAUGGUGAGAGUGUUUCAAUCUAUAAGGCAGAACUGAUUGACGAAAUCAAUGUCCUCCAGAACAGCAGGGAGUCCAAUCCCGGAGCGUUUUACAAUGAUGAGUCCGCUGACAGAAGUUUAGCUGAGAUGUCUUCAGGCAGUUCAGGUGAAGAUGAUGACUUCAAAAGGUUUCCCCAGGGUAAAGAUGGACAUGAUAACUUGGCUUUCCUCAUGAAUUACCGUAAAAGAAAAGCAGAUUCUUCUAGUUUAUCGGUGUGUAGCAAUGACAGUCUAGAUGAAUCCAAGUCUUCUAGUUCAGAAGUGACAUCACCAGAACUGUGUGACUUUUUGCCUGGUGAUGAUGCCUCUGUCUCUUCAUCUUCAAAAGAUGAGCGUAAAAUUGUGCCACCACUGACAGUUAGACUGCACACCCAGAGUGUGUCUAAAUGUGUUACAGAAGAUGGAAGGACUGUUUCAGUGGGGGAUAUUGUCUGGGGUAAAAUUCACGGGUUUCCGUGGUGGCCAGCACGUGUUCUUGACAUAAACCUCAGCCAGAAGGAAAACGGGGAACCUUCGUGGCGAGAAGCUAAAGUGUCAUGGUUUGGUUCUCCAACGACCUCAUUCUUGUCUGUCUCAAAACUCUCUCCUUUCUCGGAAUUUUUCAAACUGAGGUUUAAUCGCAAGAAGAAGGGCAUGUACCGGAAAGCCAUCACGGAAGCUGCAAAGGCAGUCAAGCACCUGACUCCAGAAAUACGAGAUCUCUUAACACAGUUUGAGACAUAACUUUGCCUCCAGUAUCAGGUAACAGAAGACGAGCACAGCUGUUCUCCUAGAGGGUCACCGAGUCUGUAGCGCCGGACGCGCUCCCGGGGACGCGGGCGGCCGCCGCACACGGCACGAGGAUGGGGCUCCGGGCAGAGCGCUCCGCGUGCCACGGGACAGGUGACAGGGACGUGGAGCUGGGAGGCUCUUCUGGCGUGAGGCAGGGAAGGCUUAAGGAUAUCUUACCCUACAAUGAGAAUUUGACCAGUCGGACGGCAAUGAACUAGGAGAACAGCAAAAACCACAACUCGGAAUGUAGUUAUUACUUAAAAGUUAGCUAUUCUUGAUAAAAUUCCCCAGAUUAUUGCUGCUGCUGCUGCUUAUUUUACUUACAGAUUUCACACACUUGUUAAUUUUAAAGCUACCGAACUUUUAUUCAAUACUGUACCCUGAGAAAUGUAAUUGGGUCAGGACAUGCAAUAGAAUGAAAUCAUUGUAGUGUCUUAAGUACAAUGGACUCACUUUGUGUCUAUUAAACCUUGGAAGAUGUGCAACACACAACAGUGUGGCUCUCAUUGCAUGUUAAAACUUUCUGGUGUCAUUUACUGCAGAGCAGGAGAAUCAGUGGUUCCAGGUGCAUGGACAAGCAGUGCUGGGGACUUGGAUGUCCUUGGGUCC